UAAUGGGAGCUUGCACAUCAACAAAAAUAAAAAGAUACGAGAUAAAUAGAACUUUAAUGCCUUAUAAGUAGAAAAAUGUCAUUAAAAUAGAGUUCAUAUUGUAGCAGUAAUUUGGCCUAAGAAUUAACAUAAUUUAUUUGACUUUGACUCCAAUUCAUAUUUUGUAAAAGAAAUUGAAGUUGAUUUUUCAUGUAUGUUAUUUGGAAUUAUAAGUUUAGCUUAAAUAGCAACAGUGGAUAAAGAACUAGUGGCAAUGACAUAAAGUGAAUGGGCUAGAAAUUAGAUUGAAUUAGUUAAUAUUACUUUGAAUGAAUAGGAUGCUUAUAUUAACUGUAUAUCUCAAUAAUAAGAUCAUAAAUUAUGGGCAGUAUUGAAAUUAGAAAGCAAUCAAUUUUCAUCCAUAGAUGUAUAAAUUAAAUUAUAUAAUUAGCAUAGAGAUUUAAAAAUUGGAGAUGUUAUAAAAUUAGGAAGAGUGAAAAUGUAAUUAUUGGAAUAUGCAUUUAUGGCACCAUGUGAUGAGGCUACAUAAUAUUAAGAUGAAUAAGAAGAUGAAAUUUAAACUAUUAAUGAUGAGUUUAAUUGUAGGAUUUGCUUUUCAAGUAGAGCCACUGAAACAAAUCCUUUGAUAAGACCAUGUAAAUGUGGAGGUUCAGUUAAAUAUAUACAUUUGGAAUGUCUUUAAAGAUGGGUUGGAAUACAAUUAAAAAUUAAAUAAGGAGAACAUUCUAUAUAGUAUCUUUGGAAGAGAUUAGAUUGUGAAAUUUGCAAAGCUAAAUUUAGAAACACCUAUAAAUUUUAAGAUAAAACAUAUUCAGUUCUUAAAUUGCCUAAACCAAAGUCAUCUUAUAUAACUUUUAAGAUUACAAAUGAUGAUAAAACAAAAGAGGCUAUGAUAUAUGUAGUUGAGAUUGGAGAAAAAACAGAAUUAAAAAUUGUAUAAUAAUAUAUAAUAAUUUAAUAGGGUAGAAUUCCAGAUUGUGAUAUUAAAUUAAGAGACAUAUCUGUAUCAAGAGCACAUGCUACUCUUAAAUUAAUUCCAACUAAUAAACAUACUCCUGAAACUCCAGAUUACAUAAUUAGAAUUCAAGAUAAUAAAAGUAAAUUUGGAACUCUUGUUCUAGCCUAAGAUUAAGAUUUACUUAAAAUACCUGAAGAAGGAACUUAACCUAAUAUUUUGUUCUAAACAGGUAGAGUGUUACUUUAAUGUACUAAGAAAAAGAAGUAAAAUUAAAAGUCAAGUUAUAAACAUCCUGAUAAUAUCACUUUGAUAUUAAAUCAAACAAAAUAACAAUUUGAAUAGUAAGAAGUAUAAGAAUCAUUCGUUACUCAUGAUGAACUUAUGGCUAGUGAUAUUAUUUUAAAUAACUCUUAACCUUUAUAAUAAUAAUAAUGUAUUGGAUUUGAUGUGAAAGAAGAUAGUAUUAGUGAUGAACGAUGAG